AUUGGUUAUUUGGGCCUUGUAUUAAGAGUCUUUGUAGAACAAUUGGGGAAUUUUGAAGAAGCUUUCACCGAGCAUCAGAACCCGAGCCAUUGCAUAUCAUCAGAGAAGGUGUAUCAGUGGAGAGAUGCUUCAAGAAAAGUAUAUUGAUGCAUUCUUUGCCGAUGCUAUUGUGGAAUCUGUGUGCACUAAACUACAACCUAUUGUGGAAAUCAACACCGGAGAUUCGGAAUUAUUUGAAGCAACAAGGCAAGCCACUGUUGAACUUGAGCCGUCAAGUUCGGAGUUGAAUGAAAAUGUUGUAGUUAAAUUAAUAAGACAAGCCACUAUCGAAAGUGAGCCUACAAUGCCAAAGUCGACCAAAGAUUUCGAAGCAGUUGAAGCAGCACCACUAGCCACCAAUGGAAACUCUUCUCAAUUCUUCGGAAGUCCAGCUGAACCAUCUCCUCAGUGGAAGCAUGAAGUGUUUUUAAGUUUUAGGGGUGAAGACACUCGCAAGGGUUUCCUGUCCCACUUAUACCAUGAACUGCAAAAAACGAAAGUAAUUAGAACAUUUAAGGAUGACGAACAACUUGGGAGAGGGAAGGAUAUUUCUCAAACUCUGCUGACAGCAAUUGAAGAAUCAAGGCAAGGAUACAAUCCUGCCAAUUUUUUAUCAUUUGGAUCCCUGUGA